AUGGAACAGGCGGAGAAGGGCGCGGGGGCUGGCGAAGGCGAGGGUGAGGGCGAGGGCGAGGGCGAGAGCGGGCCGCUGGACGUGACGGCGGCGGCGGCGCCGCUGCUGCUGGCUUGCCGGGCAGUAGGGCUGCUGGUCGGGGCGGUGCGCCGCGACGCCCUCCGCCGCCCGCGGUUGCACUCCUCCGCCGCCGCCGUCGUCCUCUGCGCCGUCGUCGCCGUCGUCGGCGUCCUCAUCACCGUCGGCGCCAUGGUGCAGCACGGCUUGCACCUGGCAGUGCCCGCCCUCUCCACCUUCAUGUUCCUCAUCAAGGUCUACUUCGGCUCCGCCACCGUCGUCCUUCUAGGUAAGAACAGGAACUGUUUCUUCUUUUUCGUGUUCCUCAUAAAGGCCUACUUCGCCUCCGCCACCGUCGACCUUCUAGAGGACGUGCCCGGCGGCGCCGCCGUCUGCCGCACGCUGCACCGCUGCACGCGCUUCGCCUGCGCCGCGGGCGCCGUCGUCAUCGGCGCCACCAACCUCGCCGCCAUCGUCUCCGUCGGCCACGUGUGCGCCCUGUGCGCCCUCUGCGGCUUCACCUCCAGCUCCCUCGUCAUGAUGCUCAUCUGCUUCACCUCCUGCCAGGUCAACUUCUUCACCUUCCUGCUCACACACUUCUUCGCCGACGUCAACCUCCAGCUCAAGAAGAUGGCGGCGGGCGCGACGGGGGGCAAGGAGUCGGGGAUCUCGAGCCUCCUGGCUCAAGCGGACAGCCCAGGUGGCGCUCAGGGAAAUCGAACAGCUGCCAUCGUUCACCGUCUUCUGAAUCAGCUCACCGACGCAGAGAUCCGCAAAGAAUUGGAAAUAUUUUCUCUGCAACUGCUUCAUCGCAAAGUGCAGUUCUCAGCCUGGGGUUUCUUUCCUUUGGACUUUUCUUUGUUGUAUGCGAUCAUUGGAGCUGUUACAACUUACUUAAUUAUAUUAAUACAGUUUCAAUUAUCUUUCGGAGAAGAAUAUUUUAGACAUAUAUUAAAUAUGACAAGUUCGAUGGAAAAUGCUUCAGCUGCUACAAUAUAAUGUUUUCCAUAGAAACUAGUGUUUUUU